AGGUCUUUUUAAUUUGAAAACAAAUUUUCUGAGGAAGACGUAUGUGAUGUCACCAAACAAGAUUCAGAAACUGAAGAUGACCAGAAAUAGAAGCUAUGCCUGUUCCAGACCAGCCCUCGUCUUCUGACAAGACGAGUUCCCUUAGCCCGGUGUUGAACACAUCCAAUGGCGAUGGCUCCGAAACGGAGACGACCUCCGCAAUUCUCGCGUCCGUUAAAGAACAGGAACUGCAGUUUGAAAGAUUGACUCGAGAACUUGAGGCUGAACGUCAGAUUGUCGCCAGCCAGCUGGAGAGAUGUAAGCUUGGAUCAGAAACUGGAAGCAUGAGCAGCAUUAGUUCAACAGAAGAACAGUUUCAUUGGCAGACACAAGAUGGCCAGAAGGACAUAGAAGAUGAACUCACCACUGGUCUGGAGCUGGUGGACUCCUGUAUUAGAUCACUGCAGGAGUCAGGGAUACUUGAUCCCCAGGACUACUCUGCCGGUGAAAGGCCCGGCCUCCUCUCCCAGAGCGCCCUGCAGCUCAACUCCAAACCCGAGGGCUCUUUCCAGUACUCGGCCAGCUACCACAGCAACCAGACGCUGGCCCUGGGCGACACUGCGGCGGCGGCAGCGCUCCCGGCCCGCAGCGCUCAAGGCAGAGCGGCCGCUCCGAGCUACAGCCAGCCCGGCGCGAGCAGCCGCGGAGCCCACGCGGGCGGCGCGGAGCCGCCGCCGCCACCCGCCGCCUCCUCGUCGUCCUCGGCGUCGUCGUCGCAGGCGCGGGAGCCCUUCGCGCCGAGCCACGGCAGCGCCUUCCACCUGCCCGAGCCGCAGCUGCCGCCGGCCGCCGCGCUCUACUACUGCAGCUCCACGCUGCCCGCGCCGCGCCUCAGCUCGCCGCUCGCCGCCGCGCCGCUCGCCGGCUCGCCCACCAAGGCGGCGGGCGCCGCCUACGGCGCCGCGCCGCGCGGCUCCUCCCCCAAGCAGUCGCCCGGCCGCCUGGCCAAGUCGUACAGCACCAGCUCGCCCAUCAACAUCGUGGUGUCCUCGGCGGCGGGGCUCUCGCCGCUGCGCGUCACCUCGCCGCCCCCCGCGCACGCCAGCCUCGCCGCCGCCUCCUCGUCGCCCAUCCACCAGCUGAGCUCCGCCAUCGGCACGUACGCCACGCUCUCGCCCACCAAGCGGCUCGUGCACGCCGCCGAGCAGUACGGCAAGCACUCGCAGGAGCUCUAUGCCACCGCCACGCUGCAGAGACCCGGCUCGCUAGCAGCUGGGUCUCGGGCAUCUUACAGCAGCCAGCACAGCCACCUGGGCUCCGAGCUGAGGGCACUGCAAUCUCCAGAGCACCACAUAGAUCCUAUUUACGAAGACAGAGUUUACCAGAAACCCCCUAUGAGGAGUCUCAGCCAGAGCCAGGGGGACCCUCUGCAACCAGCACACACAGGCACAUACCGCACUAGUACAGCCCCAUCUUCCCCUGGUGUCGACUCCGUACCCUUACAGCGCACAGGCAGUCAACACGGCCCGCAGAGCGCCACCGCCACCUUCCAGAGGGCCAGCUAUGCGGCCGGCCCGGCCUCCAAUUACGCAGACCCCUACCGACAGCUGCAGUAUUGUCCUUCCGUUGAGUCUCCAUACAGCAAAUCGGGGCCGGCCAUCCCACCCGAAGGGACCCUGGCUAGGUCACCUUCCAUUGAUAGCAUUCAGAAAGAUCCCAGAGAGUUUGGAUGGCGAGAUCCAGAGCUUCCUGAAGUUAUACAGAUGUUGCAGCAUCAGUUCCCUUCAGUACAGUCCAAUGCCGCAGCUUACUUGCAGCACCUCUGUUUUGGAGACAAUAAAAUAAAAGCAGAGAUAAGGCGACAAGGUGGAAUACAGUUAUUGGUGGACCUGUUGGACCAUCGAAUGACAGAAGUCCACCGUAGUGCCUGUGGAGCUUUGAGAAACUUGGUGUACGGGAAGGCAAACGACGACAACAAAAUUGCCCUGAAAAACUGUGGUGGGAUCCCGGCGUUAGUACGGUUACUCCGCAAGACUACAGAUUUGGAAAUCAGAGAACUGGUCACAGGAGUUCUCUGGAAUCUCUCUUCCUGUGAUGCACUGAAAAUGCCAAUCAUCCAGGAUGCCCUCGCAGUGUUGACCAAUGCAGUGAUCAUCCCUCACUCGGGAUGGGAAAACUCUCCGCUCCAGGAUGAUCACAAAAUCCAGCUCCAUUCCUCACAGGUGCUGCGCAAUGCCACUGGGUGCCUACGGAACGUCAGCUCGGCAGGAGAGGAGGCCCGCAGGAGGAUGAGGGAGUGCGACGGCCUGACGGACGCAUUGCUCUACGUCAUCCAGUCUGCUCUGGGGAGCAGUGAAAUUGACAGUAAGACCGUUGAAAACUGUGUGUGCAUUUUGAGGAACCUCUCAUACAGGCUAGCUGCAGAAACAUCUCAGGGACAGCAGAUGGGCACAGAUGAACUUGAUGGAUUACUGUGCGGCGAUACCAAUGGAAAAGAUGCCGAGAGUUCAGGAUGCUGGGGGAAGAAAAAGAAGAAAAAGAAAUCCCAAGAUCAGUGGGACGGAGUCGGACCUCUCCCGGACUGUGCAGAACCACCCAAAGGAAUCCAGAUGCUGUGGCACCCUUCAAUAGUCAAACCCUACCUCACACUUCUCUCGGAGUGCUCAAAUCCCGACACGCUGGAGGGGGCAGCCGGGGCACUGCAGAACUUGGCUGCUGGGAGCUGGAAGUGGUCCGUGUACAUCCGUGCUGCCGUGCGCAAGGAGAAGGGCCUGCCCAUCCUGGUGGAGCUGCUCCGAAUAGACAAUGACCGCGUGGUGUGUGCAGUCGCUACAGCUUUACGGAACAUGGCCUUAGAUGUCAGGAAUAAAGAGUUAAUAGGUAAAUAUGCCAUGAGGGAUCUGGUCCACCGACUGCCGGGCACUAACAACAGCAACAGCUCAGCAAGCAAGGCCAUGUCUGAUGACACCGUUACUGCCAUUUGCUGCACCCUGCAUGAAGUCAUCACUAAAAACAUGGAGAAUGCCAAGGCCUUACGGGACGCGGGCGGCAUCGAGAAGCUCGUUGGCAUAUCUAAGAGUAAAGGAGACAAGCAUUCGCCAAAAGUGGUGAAAGCAGCAUCUCAGGUCCUCAAUAGUAUGUGGCAGUACAGAGACCUGAGAAGUCUCUACAAGAAGGACGGAUGGUCGCAGUACCACUUCGUCGCCUCCUCGUCGACCAUCGAGCGGGACCGGCAGCGGCCGUACUCCUCGUCCCGCACGCCCUCCAUCUCCCCGGUGCGCAUGUCUCCUAACAACCGCUCAGCAAGUGCCCCUGCCUCACCUCGGGAAAUGAUCAGCCUAAAAGAAAGAAAAACAGACUAUGAAUCAACUGGAACAAAUGUGACUUACCAUGGAACCAAGGGAGAACACACUUCUAGGAAAGACACCAUGACAGCUCAAAACACUGGAAUCUCAACUUUGUACAGGAAUUCAUAUGGUGCACCUGCUGAAGACAUCAAACAUAACCAGGUUUCAACACAGCCAGUUCCACAGGAGCCCAGCCGAAAAGAUUACGAACCAUAUCAGCCGUUUCAGAACUCAACCAGAAGCUAUGACGAGUCCUUCUUUGAGGACCAAGUCCAUCAUCGUCCACCUGCAAGCGAAUACAACAUGCACCUGGGACUAAAGUCAACUGGCAACUACGUCGACUUCUAUUCAGCUGCUCGUCCCUAUAGUGAACUUAACUAUGAAACAAGCCACUAUCCAGCCUCUCCCGACUCAUGGGUGUGAGACUUGGGCAGACACACAAGCUCCAGGAACUGUGCAUGUGCAUGCAUACCACAAGACAUUCUUUUCUCCUGCAAAUUUAGUUUGUUAAAGCCUGUUCCGUAGGAAGGCCCAGAUAACCAGUAUGGAAAAACUAAGAUUUUUUUUAGAAGGCUAAAAGAAAUGAAAGCUAAACAAGGGAGUAAUUAGAAAGAGAUAUAUAUAUUAUAUAUAUAUUACAGUGUGGGGCAACUUUAUUGUUGGCCUGUAGAGUCUCAAGUUCAGUGCCGUGUAUUGAAUGUGGCUGAAGGAAGGAGGGAGAACAUGACAGGGAAUGUGGGUCAAGAGUUAAGCACAAGUAACUGAGCAGCGUACAUACUUAUGGGGAACAGCUUCUCACACUUUGUUUAAUAUCCUCAUUCAUUGUGAAUCUAGGCUUCAAGUUGCAUUUGGGGUUUCCUCUGUACAGCAAGAUGUUUCUUGCCUUUUGUUAAUGCAUUGUUGUAAAGUAUUUGAUGUACAUUACAGAUAAAAAAAAAACAAAACAAAAAGUGCAUUGUGUAUAUUACACCAAUGCCACAGUGUUUCUUCAUCUAUGGUUCUAAAUAUUGCUUCAAUUUCAAAUUUUGAAAGAUGUAUGAAUUUCCAGUUUUUUUGUUUUCUUUUCCCCGGUGCGUUUUAACAAAAAAAAAAUGAAAACAAAAAACAAAAAGGAAUAUUUAGCAGUAUUGUUCGUUCUGAUAUGUGAAUUUGUUUGUGGCAACUAAAAAAGAGGCAUUCAGCAGUUUCUGACAAUUAACAUUCAUCAUUCCACACUCCUUGUCAACAAAGUGCUUUUUCACUGCCUAAAAUUUUAGAUGUAGAUAUUUGAAAUAAUAGAUUUUUUUCAUUUAUACCAGUUUUCUUUAUGAUGAUACAGUGUUAAAGGAAAAUAAAUUACAAUUGAUCUGUCAUCCAUAUUUGCUAAGAAUGUCUAUUUCCAAGAAUCUGUCAUACAAAUACACAUUCUUACUCGUGUGUGUCCACGUAUGCAUAGUAUCUCUGUGUGUGUAUGUGUUCGAGUGUGUGCGUUUGUGUGGUAUAAGGAUUAUUUUCAUCCAGUGUUUUCCUUGUUCAAGCUUUAAUUUCUGUUUGAUUUUGCUGUUUUUUUAAACAGUGGAAACUCCAGUAUGUGCUUUCUCUUACUCGCUUUAUUAACCAUCUGUAGCAAUUCAAAAUUUUUAGGCCACUUACUGACUGAAAAAUUGAGGGGGUUCCAGGAUUUUUCACUGACUCCUUCACCCUUGGGUGCCAUUUCCUUGAUCUUCUCUUGAGGAAAGAAGUUGAUCCUGUUACUCUCCAGCCACCAACCAGCAAGUGCUCAAGGAAGACAGAGCUGGAUCUUGCCAUCUCCCUGGGGGAAUGGAAAGCCAAGACCCAACGGAUGUAAGUCUGGAGUCCUCAGACUCUUGAGGCUGCAGAAGGGUCCAACUCCGGAACCAGUAGGACAAUCAGUUACUUUGAACCAUACCAAAAAAACCACCCCACCCAAAACACAUUCCUCAAAUAGAAAACCACUGACUUUUUCCAUGCAUCUAAAAUAAAACCUUUAAGAAUAGAAGCCCUAAAGAAUAAAAGCUGUAGGGGACAGAGAAUAUUUUUUUCUUUAAAAAAUAAAAAAAAAAUAAAAAAAUAAAGGCUAGAAAGCCAGAAGAGCUGGGAUAGUUAUCUUAGCUCUUGGGACUCUAAAGAGUAACAUUUCAGUGCACCGUUUUCGCAGACAAAGACCCAUCACAAAUGGGCUACUUGUAAACUGCUUCAGUAAUUCCCAUUGAAGAGAUUAUUUUAGGUUACCAACAUUUCUGUGAUAGUCAUCGUGCCAGUGUCACCAGCACGUGGUGCCCUGCGGGACGCGCGCGCCAGGGGGAUUCGCUGACCUGCUCUGGGGACAGCGAGCCGUGUAGUGCAGGCAGGCACAGGCUGGGAGGUAGAACGAGUUUAUCAGUCAUCUAGGACUAGAGUUUCAUCUUUUUGGCAGCUUUUCCCAGUGUACGAUAUGUAACCUUAUCUGCUCUUUGUAGUAAACAGGGGAAAAAAAUCGCAUGCAAAAAAAAAAAAAUUAAAAACUUUAAAAACAGGCGGGUGGGAGGGUCACAGUGGGCCAGAUGUAUAGUGAGGUAGAUAAAAAUAUUAUUCAUAGUUUUGGACACAAGUUGUUUAUAUUUUAUUUAUUACAUUGAUUUUAAUAAGACGAGUGACAUUUGCAGUGCUCUUUUGAACAAAGCACGUUUUCAGUAUAAAAGCUUUUUUUUAACUAAAGAAUGUCACCAUUAACUUGAAGUUCUUCUUGACUGCCUGAUAACCAUCGACUUUGUGCAGUUCUCCAAGAGCAGGAUUGCAAACAGGCCUGAGGGAUCUUUGACUCUACUUAAAGUUCUUAGGACAGACCGUUACUGUAAGUUGGAUUUUUUUGAAUUCUUAAAAUACUAAAAUGCCCACAAUGACUCCUUUCCACUCCUCUUAGAAAUUAGUUCGAGUCAAAUGUUGACUAUUGCUCAAGUGAGAGAUUCUGGAUUGAUAAGUGGCACAAAAUACCUUUUGUCUAUGGUUUAUGUUGUUCUGUUUCCAUUCC